GUUUUUUCUUAACUUUUUUACUUAUAAAAAUUUUAAAAAAAUUAAAUAUGGAUAUUUUAAAACAAAAACAAAAUCCGACUACGACCUUUCUUUAUAGAUUACAUUCAACUUUUAACAUAAACACCCCCAUUUGCAUCCCUUUCGCCACCGAGCCGUCUUCAUUGCGCCGCGUAGUCCUUGUAGCUCUAUUGUAAUAGGUGCAUAUUUCCAAUUAUUUGUUUUGCGGCCUCGGAUUUGGAUUUUUUAAAUGGGCAAAAUUACUUUGUAACGAUACAAGAUUGCAUGUGUUAGUAGUUGUUAAAAUGCACAUUGACAACAAAAUGGGUCAAUACCUAGUAUUUAUGGCUGCAAUUGUAGGCGCAACUAUCAACAAUAAUCUCUGGCUAAAAGUGUCGCCACUUUAUAUGAAAUGCAGCAAUUGUAUUCUGUUAUUCUUUUUAACAAAAACCAUUCCUUUGUUACUGUUUUGCCUAUAUUCCCUUCCUUACUAUUAUACCUAUACAAUCACUUGUUGCCGGAUGCUGUAACAGCACUACCAUUUUACUUUAGUGUAUAUUUAAUAAAAACUAAAAGAAAAAGGAUUUUAAAAUAAAAGAAAUGUCUAAUUUGCACACAAUCAUAAAGUGGGAACAUUGUUACAAAUUGACAAUAUUGAUAAUGAGGCUAGUAUGAAGGUUAAAGCGCCCAAGCCAAACUAAUAUCAUUAUGACAAAUUGAGGCAACCCACAAAUUAGUAUCUAUCUUUCGUCAUGUUGCACAUAACUUCAAUUAUGCAGUGUUUAAACAAAAUAAUUCUCGAAUCGACAUUUAUAACUGAAUUGUCAACAGUUUUAGAAAAGAGCUUAAAAGUUUUUGUCUCCGGAAUCAAUUGGAAGUGUUUGUUUUUAUCUGCUACAGCAAAAAUUGGUUAAAAUCUGUUUUAAUUUUUUCUAAUAAAACUGUUAUUAUUUUUUGAACAUAAAUUAUUGCGUUAAGUUAAGUUCGGAUUUGAAUUAAUGGCAUCAAAAACAUUAUCUUAAAAGAAAUUAAGGAAGAGAAAUGCUAAGAAAAAACUUUAAAAGAAACACAAAAUUAAGAAUCCUUAAAGAAUAUGUGGUACUUUCAUAGGUGGAAGCAAACUUGAAAAAAAAAAUAUUUUUCACAAACUUGAAUGAAAUGACUGCCAUUAAAUCGUUAGCGGCUGUCAAAAAUGACAAGGAUCUUAAAAUGAUUGCCAAACAAAACAAAUCAGCGCCGAAUUUAAGAAGAAUUCAAGUGAUACAAUAUGCUUCCUCGAAAUAUAUUUCCAAAUUUGACGACGAUUUUAAUUGUCAUCAGCGAAUUUUUUGUGCCAAAGCUGGAUUCGACGUUAAUUGUUCUCCGUGUAGAAUAAAAACAAAAACAACAACUACAUCAGCAGGAUCAAUAGAAACCUCAUUCUUGCCACAACGAAGAUGUUAUUAUUUUAGUAAAAUUUAUUCAAUACAGAGGCUUCUUGUUUCGUUGGUUCUUGCUACAUUUAUAAUUGGUGUUACUUCCUUACCACCUGUUAUACGCAUUGGUGCUAUCUUCACAGAGGAUCAAAAAGAUAGCAGUACUGAAUUAGCAUUUAAAUAUGCCGUCUAUAGAAUAAAUAAAGAUAAGACAAUUUUACCUAAUACACAAUUAGUUUACGAUAUAGAAUAUGUUCCUCGCGAUGAUUCAUUUCGAACAUCGAAAAAAGUUUGUCGUCAAUUAGAAUCUGGAGUUCAAGUGAUAUUUGGACCAUCAGAUCCAUUACUAGGCGGCCACAUUCAAUCUAUAUGUGAAGCCUUAGAUAUACCCCAUGUUGAGGCACGCAUCGAUUUGGACCAAAGUGUUAAGGAAUUUUCAAUAAAUUUGUAUCCUUCUCAAACGCAUAUGAACAUUGCAUACAGGGAUUUGAUGGCUUACUUAAAUUGGACCAAAGUUGCUAUUAUUUAUGAAGAGGAUAACGGACUUUUUAAACAGCAAGAACUAAUGAGAACAACAGCAACAUCUAAGGCUGAAAUGUAUAUAAGGCAAGCAACGCCAGAAACAUAUCGACAAGUUUUAAAAGAAAUACGACAAAAAGAAAUUUAUAAGCUCAUUGUUGAUACAAAUCCAAGUCAUAUAAAUUUAUUUUUUCGAGGGAUUCUGCAGUUGCAAAUGAACGACUACAGAUACCAUUAUAUGUUCACAACGUUUGAUAUUGAAGCUUUUGACUUAGAAGACUUUAAGUAUAAUAGCGUCAACAUAACAGCUUUUCGUUUGGUUGAUGUGGAAAGUAAGCAAUAUAAUAAAAUUAUGGAUCAAAUGAAAAAGUUUCAACAUAGCGGUCAUACUAUUUUUGACGGCCAACCUUCGAUUCAAACUCAACCAGCCUUGAUGUUUGAUUCAGUAUAUGCCUUUGCUGCUGGAUUAAUGCAUUUGGAUCGGAGUCAUACGUUAACUGUGGCAAAUUUAUCAUGUGAUUCUGAAAUACCCUGGAGCGAUGGUCUAUCGCUGUACAAUUAUAUAAAUUCGGCCAGCAUAAGUGGACUAACAGGCAAUGUUCAAUUUAGGGAAGGUCGACGAAACAAUUUCAAAAUUGACUUGCUCAAACUCAAACAAGAACGCAUACAAAAGGUUGGUUUUUGGAAUCCUGAAGAAGGUGUCAAUGUAACAGACCCAUCUGCAUUUUAUGAUAUUAAUUCGACAAACAUUACUCUCGUUGUAAUGACGCGAAAGGAGAAGCCUUAUGUCAUGGUUAAAGAAGACGCUAAUCUUACUGGAAACGCCCGUUAUGAGGGAUUUUGUAUCGAUCUUCUAAAAGCAAUAGCUUCACAAGUUGGAUUCCAUUACAAAAUCGAAUUGGUACCUGAUGCCAUGUAUGGAGUGUUCAAUCCAGAAACAAAUUCUUGGAAUGGCAUCGUUCGGGAAUUAAUGGAGAGGAGAGCUGAUUUAGCAGUUGCUUCCAUGACAAUUAAUUAUGCUCGUGAAAGUGUUAUUGAUUUCACGAAACCAUUUAUGAAUUUGGGAAUAGGAAUAUUGUUCAAAGUACCAACCAGCCAACCAACACGUUUAUUCUCAUUCAUGAACCCCUUGGCUGUGGAAAUUUGGUUAUAUGUGCUAGCCGCCUAUCUCUUAGUUUCGUUUACAUUAUUUGUAAUGGCGCGAUUUUCCCCUUACGAAUGGAAUAAUCCUCAUCCAUGCCUGAAGGAAUCCGAUAUUGUUGAAAAUCAGUUUUCUGUGUCGAAUAGUUUUUGGUUCAUAACUGGUACAUUCCUUCGCCAGGGAUCUGGACUUAAUCCAAAGAAAUCAGAACGAGUGCAAAAUCAAUUCUUCUCGUUCAUGAAUCCCUUAGCUGUAGAGAUUUGGUGCUACAUAGCAAUUGGUUAUGUCCUGGUAUCAUUGACCAUUUGGAUUGUGGCUCGGUUCUCACCAUUCGAAUGGCAACCAGCAAAGCCUCCAUGUUCGAUGGCUUGUGAGCAUAUGCUUAGUCGAAUUCGACAAGCUGCCAGGGAUCGUAUGAAGGAACAUCAGGAACAGCAGGCAGCUCAAGGUUUGUCAAUUGUGCAGAGCUCGGUUAUUCCAUUGGUGAGUUCAUUGAGAACAGCUUCUACGAAAGACUCGCCGACACAAAAAAAAUCGAAUAAAACAACUCAUCAAGUUCAUCAUGACCAAGAAGCCUUGAGUAACCAAGAAGAACAUGAAUGCAGUGAUACCGAAAGUAAAACAAUUUUUGUUGAGAAUUUUGAGAAUGCUGAUAUAAUCGACGAACAUGAUGAGCCCGAUAAUGAACCUACAAACGACCAACAAAGAAAUAAUAGUAAUUACAGCACCCGUAAUGACGAUGAUGAAGGGGGGGAAGAUUGCAUAUAUCAUAAUAUUGAAAAUGACGAUGAGCCGAAUGAAAUGUGGGAAAUGUGUGAGCAUGUUCAUACCGAUGAAACAGAAUUGGUUAGCAUUCGAAAUGAAUUUACGCUCAAAAAUAGUUUUUGGUUCGCAAUUGGAACAUUAAUGCAACAAGGAUCUGACUUGUAUCCAAGGGCCACUUCGACAAGAAUAGUUGGUGGUAUUUGGUGGUUCUUUACUCUGAUUAUUAUCUCGUCGUACACUGCCAAUUUAGCUGCCUUUCUUACCGUCGAGCGAAUGAUAACUCCUAUUGAAAGUGCAGCAGACUUGGCUGAGCAAACUGAUAUUUCCUAUGGCACACUUGAAGGAGGAUCCACGAUGACGUUUUUUAGGGAUUCGAAAAUAGGUAUUUAUCAAAAAAUGUGGCGCUAUAUGGAAAGCCGAAAGCCAUCGGUAUUCGUCAAAACCUAUGAAGAGGGCAUUAAGAGGGUUCUUGAUGGAAAUUAUGCGUUCCUUAUGGAAUCGACUAUGCUCGACUAUGCUGUACAAAGAGACUGUAAUUUAACUCAAAUCGGUGGACUUCUUGACUCUAAAGGUUAUGGCAUUGCCACACCAAAGGGUUCUCCUUGGCGUGAUAUUAUUUCAUUAGCAAUUCUGGAACUACAAGAAAAAGGUAUUAUACAAAUCCUUUAUGACAAGUGGUGGAAAAAUACUGGUGAUGUAUGUAAUCGAGAUGAUAAAAGCAAGGAAUCGAAAGCAAAUGCUUUGGGUGUAGAAAAUAUUGGUGGCGUUUUUGUUGUACUACUAUGUGGAUUGGCUUUGGCUGUUGUCGUUGCCAUAUUGGAGUUUUGUUGGAAUUCAAAGAAGAAUGCACAGACCGAACGGCAAUCCCUGUGUUCAGAAAUGGCUGAAGAACUACGAUUUGCUAUGCACUGCCAUGCAUCGAAACAACGUCCUGCAGUUAAGAGAAACUGCACGAAAUGUGCCACUGGAACAACUUAUGUUCCCGGAAGUAUUGGAAUGUCACACAUAAAUGGAGUUCAUUAUAAUUUUUUAAAUUAAUAUAGAACAAAUAGAACAUUAAUAAAAAAAAAAACAAAUAAAAAUAAGUUAAUAGGGUAAAGGAAAUAUUAGAACAUUUUGAAUGUAUUGCAUUUAUUUGUUUGUAUGAGAGAUAAAUGGAAUAUGAAUUUGAAAAAAUAGUACGAAUUUCUCUAGAAACUAUUGAUUAGUAAUAAAGAUUUCUUGGAAAGGAAGUCUCCAA